AUGUUAGGCCAUGACUUCGACUACCUCCUCGACGUGCGCAACAUGAGCGAUGGCGAGACCGACGAUGAGUUUGACCAGCGACUCCGUUCCGAGGCCAAGGAGCUCGGUGUCGACGUGGAUGGCGUGGACGUGGACGGCGUGGGCGUGGGCGUGGGCGUGGACGUGGACGUGGAGGAACUGAAGGCACACGACCAGAACAUCCACACCCUCGACCAGAACACACUCGACCAGAACACAUGCUACCCUCGCCGUUCCGAAUCCAUCGACGCUUCCAUCGGCGCAUCCAUCCACGAAUCCUUCGACUCGACAGCUUCCCACUCCACUGCUCUGACCUCCGACUACUCCCACCGAUCCCGCGACCAAGACCACUUCCAUGCACACAGACGACCCUCGCGCACCUCGCCGAGCUUCCGCCAUUACGAUGCUUUCGUCUCACGCCGUGUCCCCGACGCCAGACAUUCCAUCUCCUUCUCACCCCUCACCACUCCGUCCAACUCCACACCCUCCCUGCCCAUGUCGCAGCCUCCCUCCCCCCAUACUCCAUCUCCCGAUCCUCUAUCCCCCAAGAAGCACUUUCGUCGCAUCCGCGGCUUGAGCAUGCUGAAGCUCUACCAUCGAACCGCUUCCGAUCCUUCUCUCGCCCACCCUUGUCCCCACUGCCCGCACCACCUCUCCAGCCAGAGGCGUGCAGCAGUCCACAAACUACCCUGUGGUCAUCGCGUCUGCACCCACGCUCUACGGAACACGGUUCAGUCCGCGACCGCCAGUCAAACAGGACCAGUCCCCAGCUGCUGUGGGAAGCCGAUCCCCGGAAGCAUGGUGGAGCAUGUCAUGACGCAGGAAGAGCAGACUGCCUUGCUCGACAAGCUCGAGCAGUGGGACGAAGCAAUCUCCAUCGCGCCAUCCAUGACCAGCUCACGACGCGAUUCCACCCCAUCCGUCCCCCACCGCCCGCCCGGAGCUCCGACGAGUCCCAGUCGAACCGUUUCGGAUGACUCGAGUCUCGGCGCGCUGCCUCUCCAGGCGCGCAAGGACAUGGAGCAGGUCAUGGAGAGGGAAGACUACACGCUGCUCCGAACAGGACAGGCCGAGCAGAGAGAUCGGUUCUGGAGGUGCACCGAAACACAACGGAUGGAGCUGAGAGAAGAGCAUGAACGAUUGCGAGAAGAGAUGAAGCGCAGACACGAGACUGCUCUCGAGGACACGGCCGAACACCAUGCUUCGGCCAUGUCAGAAGCCGAGGACAAGCAAGUCAAAGCGGAGGCGGACAUGCGCCAAUCUCAACAUCAGGAACGUCGGGACAACGCCACCGCUUUGAAACACAUGGAAGCUUACUGUGCCGGCACCUACAGCACCGGCGAGCCGCACGACCGCACCGUGACGGACCAAGACCGCGCCGAAUUGGAAAAGACCCGUCGAGCCCGCGACCAGAUGGACACGAAACACGAAGGCCAGAUCAACGUCCUGCGCGGCGAGCAAGGCCGCAGAAUGCGCCUCCGAUCCCAGCGUCAAGACCGUGAACUGCAAGACCUCCGACGCCAGCAACGGCAGGAAGAACUACAACUGGAACGCGCGUGUACCAGCCAAGUACACAAACUGGACCAGAACGCCAUCCUGAAGCAGAAGAAAAUCCAGUGGCGGUGGGAAUUGCAGAUGGCCAUCUUCGCCAAGAAAGUGGAGGCUGAAGAGGCUCCCGAUCUUCUUUUGAAUGCGCGGUUGCCUACUGCGGAUUGGUACCCACGGCAUGAUACGACUGCUACCGCCACCGUUGCGACGCGAUCCGACUCGAAACAUGGGAUUUCGACCGGGUUUGCGGUGCGAGCGAGGCCGAGGACGAAUUGA